UUUCUUUCUGCAGAGUUAAUUUUUUAUAGUGCAAGCUGAGGGGUGUCAUUGCUGCACUGAGGCUGAUGAAGAGACUUGAGUCCUGUCUGGGAUGCUCAGCUGUGACAGACACACCGCCAUCAUCUCCUGAAGCUGAUCCCGAGACCCUCAGAUGCAGAGUUUAACAGAUGCUGGCAGGGCACCGGCUUGCUGUAGCCAAGGCUGCAGGUUCCCUUAAUUUCAAGCCAUGAAUGAAUCCAGGUGGAUUGAACGGAGGAUCCUGAACCUGAGCAGUGGCCUUGUGAAUGUGUCUGAGCGGCACUCCUGCCCACUUGGAUUUGGCCACUACGGUGCGGUGGAUGUCUGCAUCUUUGAGACCGUUGUUAUUGUCUUGCUGACAUUUCUGAUCAUUGCUGGGAAUUUAACAGUCAUCUUUGUCUUUCACUGUGCCCCACUCUUACACCAUUAUACCACCAGCUACUUUAUCCAGACGAUGGCAUAUGCUGAUCUUUUUGUUGGAGUUAGCUGCUUGGUUCCUACUCUCUCACUUCUCCACUACUCCACAGGUAUCCACGAGUCACUGACUUGCCAGGUUUUUGGAUAUAUCAUCUCGGUUCUGAAAAGUGUUUCUAUGGCAUGUCUUGCUUGCAUAAGUGUGGAUCGCUAUCUUGCAAUCACCAAGCCUCUUUCCUACAAUCAACUGGUCACCCCUUGUCGACUGAGGAUUUGCAUUAUUUUAAUCUGGAUCUACUCCUGCCUAAUUUUCUUGCCUUCUUUUUUUGGCUGGGGGAAACCUGGUUACCACGGUGACAUUUUUGAAUGGUGUGCCACCUCUUGGCUCACCAGUGCCUAUUUUACUGGCUUUAUUGUUUGUUUACUUUAUGCUCCUGCCGCCUUUGUUGUCUGCUUCACUUACUUCCACAUUUUCAAAAUUUGCCGGCAGCACACCAAAGAGAUACAUGACCGGAGAGCCCGGUUCCCCAGCCACGAGGUGGAUGCCUCUGGAGAGACUGGACACAGCCCCGACCGCCGCUACGCCAUGGUCCUGUUUCGGAUAACCAGUGUAUUUUACAUGCUGUGGCUCCCCUAUAUUAUUUACUUUCUUCUGGAAAGCUCCCGGGUCUUAGACAAUCCAACACUGUCCUUCCUAACAACCUGGCUUGCUAUAAGUAAUAGCUUUUGUAACUGUGUUAUAUACAGCCUCUCCAACAGUGUUUUCCGGCUAGGCCUCCGAAGGCUGUCCCAGACGAUGUGCACGUCUUGUAUGUGUCUGAAGGAGCAGGACACACGAGACCCCAAGCCCAGGAAACGGGCUAAUUCCUGCUCCAUCUGAAGAGAACCGCUCAGUAAAUCAAGUGUAAUCCGACAGUGGUUUUGGAUCGUGGUCUUGAUUCCUCUGGAAAUUUGCCACUAGAGAAAUAUUUACUUGAAUAUUUUUGGCUAUGAGAUGAAGGGACUAAAGGUUUCAUUUGUUCACCCCUUUUUUUAUGGAGGAAAAAGAUGAAAGAAAAGGAUGUAUAGACAGUAAUCUCAUGAGAUAAUUAUAGCAUGUGGGUAUAAACGUUCAGCAAUAGGGAAAAUUAAGCACUGAGGAUGACAAAAAUAUCUCAGAUCUUCCACAGGAUGUGAGCAAAACUCCUUAGUGUCUCUUUCUCUCUCUCUGAUUGACCUCUCUCUCUCUGUCUGUCUCUCGUUCUGUCUGUCUCACUCUUGUAUGUUUGUGGGAAUUGCUUACAUCACUUGCCCUCUAUAGACAAA